AUGCCCGGAUAUGGACACAAGUCGCUGCAAGACUGGGGAAAACACAUCACUCUCUAUCUGAACAAGCGUCAAGCUAUAAAAGGUGCCAUCCUGCUGAUAGAUGGGGAAGUUGGCCCCAAGAGCGGGGAUCUCAUGGCUCUUGAACUGCUGCAGGAGGCCGGCCUGAAAACCGCCAUCGUUCUUACCAAGGCCGAUAAGGCAAGGCAUGAAGAAAUU